AUGGCCUCGAGAAUACUCGCCUCGGGCGCGCGCGCCCUCUCCUCCCCGGCCGCCUUCCGCCCCGUCCGAAGCUUCCAGACGUCUGCGCAGCGCCUCGCCGACGCGGCGCCCCUGCCGCCUCGCAAGCCGGUUGGAGCUUUCCGCGGAGGCCUAUUUGGUUUCCUUCUCGGCACCACGCUGGCCGGCAGCGGCGUCUACUACUACGUGCUCCAGGAGUACAAGGCAUCCAACGAGCUCCUGAUGGAGGAUAUCUACACCCUGCAGCAGGCGACGCAACGCAUGAGCAACUACCUCGGCACCCUGGAGGAGAAGGUCGAGACCAUGGAGCGGAAAGGCAAAUAA